UUUGUGCUCCACUCGGACACUAGUCGCACUACGAGACGCGAAUACGCACCGAGGACACCUUCCCCAGCCCGCGAUCAUCCAAGGACGCUAAACUUGACACGGUUUUGGGUCUUUUUACGCGCGGGAGAGGCUUCAGGAAGUUGGGAUUUUGACUGGAACUUCCCCUUGGAUCUAAAAAAGCAAGUGCUCCUAAAGACCAAAAGGUGAAGUUUAAUUCUGCGUCUGCUCAACACCGUCCCCUUGUCACGUCAUUUUUGAUUUCUGGACCUGCGUCGAGGUUUAUGCGCCGCUAAGUAAUUCACCGCCACAACGCAAGGAGGAGGACAGCGCCAAAACCUGUACCAAUCAGCUGAAAAGACACGUCACAGCAACAACACCUGACCUGAGGAAGAGCGCUAGUGAGCAGUCGAAACUGUCAGAUCUCAUCUUGUGACUUCAACAUCGUGGACCAUAAUGGAUAUACACCGUGACCUGCUGGGAUUCUGCUUGUUCUGACGACUCUAACUCACAGAUAUUCAAAACCGGACUCUCUUUCCAUCUCCUUCCUUCCCUUUUUCCUGUGGGUUUUCCCUGUGAAAAGACUGCCAUCAUGCCAAUCCUCAAACAGCUGGUGUCCAACUCCCACCAGUCCAAGAGGCGGUCUCGUGUCGAUCUGACCGCAGAGAUGAUUAGUGCUCCUCUGGGAGAUUUUCGCCACACGAUGCAUGUGGGCCGGGGCGGAGACGCGUUCGGGGACACGUCUUUCCUCAGUACGCGGUCAGGGGAGCCGCCGAGGGAGCACGAGACCAAGCAAAGUUCUCCUGGAUCCAAACCAAGUCUACUAUCGCGUACUUUCCGAAGCAGCAAACGUUCCCAAUCCGUAAACCGCACGGAUAACGUGACGGCACCCAAUAGCGGAUCAGCGCCCUAUGUCAAAAACGCCAUCUCCCUGCCUUAUCUUAACGAAGAAGCGAGCAGCAAUGGCGCUAACCGUAUGCCGAAAAGCGUCUCGUCCAGCCCGAUGAAGAAUGUAUCAGAAAUUGAAACAAAACCGGCGAAUGGAGCGGCUGCCAUGGCAACGCUAGACACAGAAUUCGAAGAGCGUAAUUUCGGCGAGCUAACAGAUCUACCGCCGUCCAAGCCUAAGUCAACCGCGAUGAAGCACGCGGAGUCCAUGAUGUCGUUCCACAUCGACUUGGGGCCUUCCAUGCUUGACGAUAUCUUGGGAGUCAUGGAGAAAAAAGAGUGGGAAGAAGACGAUUUGGGAUUCGAGGAAGACAAAGUCAGCGACGGUAGAGCUUCGCCGUCUUACAUCCCGCAUAUCGACGAUGACGAUGCAGAGGUGAAGGUGCCGGUCAGGCCUCCGAGAAGUAUUGACAACUUCGCGAUCCAAACCCGAAACAACAUAAACAACCACGACGACAGCUACUCGGUUUCUAGCGCCGAAUCGGUCGGUAAUGACAAACGCCAGUAUAUCCACGAAGACACGGAUAGCGCCAAGUACAGCUCGCCACGCCACGGAGAAGAUGGGGAUUUCACCUUUAUGGAUGAAGACGACGAUGAUGAAAUCCGUGUGUAAGCUAAACAUUUAAAUGGACAUGUAUUAGGCACAAAGACUUGACAUUGUGAAGUAUCUGCCGGCCUCGAAAGACUUUAAAAAGGUCAUACUUGCUUCUUGAAUUCGUAUCUUGACAUCAGUAAUAAUCUGUUUAAGCCUUACUCGCAAGGGAGAUCUAGUUCUUUGGAGAAUUCUCUUUUUAAUUAAUAAUAAAAUGGAUCUUGUAUUUAAAAAGCGCCCUUCUCAUGAGAGACAAUAUUUGAACACGCCAUUGGGAUAUUACCAUGACAGUCGAUCAUUUGAAGCAAAGGGUUUUUGACCACAAGGUUAAAGAACUGUGAUGGACUGUCACAUGAAAUCCACAUGGAGAUGGUGAGAUUGAAAAGUCAUAUGUCAAGUGAAAAAAAGAAAAAAAAAAAAAAAGUGACACAUUGUACACUACAGAGAAGUGGAAGUGAAACUAAGAUUUGAAAAGACGUGCAGUGUGGAAAUCCUUAUUUUCUACAUGCAGUUUAUGGACUUAUUGUUGCCAUUUGAACUGGAAAAUCAUAUCUCCUUUGGCCACAAAAGUAUGUUGAUUUUUAUAAGGGAAAAUAUGUAAAAAUGUAGUACAGUAUCUGAAAACGUUUGCAGUUUGCAGCAUAAUGGCUAAAUCAUGGCACUUACUUGACACAAAAAAACACUCCUAUCACUAUCAAAGUAUUUUAGCUGACAUGUUUAAAGAUGGACUAUGUAACUUUCUGGGGGAGAUCUGUCACCUGCUUGUCUGCUUGGAAAUGUUAUUGCGCUGCCUAGAAUGUUUCACAGUAUGGCAUUAAACCUCUCCCUGGUGACGCUACAAAGCCAAGUUACAGGUUAGAGGCGACUGCUUUACAUGAGAACGCUUGCGGGUAAAAACGACAACAUAUUUUAUCAGAAGUGCCUUUCGUUUAGAUGGAUGGUGACGGCGUUUCUGGGCUUAAAAACGCAAAAAUCUGAAACCACCCUCUAGAGUGGAAAAGUUGAGUGCGCUCAGCCGUAGCGUUUCCGUCUACACUGCCCAAGACGCAAAACUCUGGUCAGAUCUGCUCAUGUCACGUACGCGUUUACGUCACACAUGUACAGUAAACAGAAACCUGGCAUGCAUACCCAAUUGAAUUCCACACACUUUUCGUCACCGUAUUGUCUAAACACGGAAUAAAAAGUGAAAAUGCGACGCCACUUUUGCGUCUUCUGUUCAGACCAUCAUCAUAUAAACAGUCUAAACAAAUGCAUGUUUUUAAGGUAUUCUUUUAACAAUAAACCUGUAUUUCAAUAAAUGCAAGAUAGAUACCUUUUAAUGCUAUACUGUGGAACAUUCCUGGAAAAGCUCUGAAAGCAGGUAGCAAGCCUCCAACAGAAAAAAAUCAUAAUGCACCUUUAAAAUCAACUCACUUUUGCUGAAAAUCUAAAAAUGUGAAAUAAAAAAGGAACACAUUGCAAACAUUAGGAUCAGUUGGAGCGAGUUAAAAGACAUUAUGUGAAGUUAUGUGAUUUGAAGUGGCUCUACCGGCAGCAUGAAAAAUAAAUAUUGCGGGUAGAUAUGUCGCUCAAAAAUUAUUAAAACAUCAAAGACAGGAAGGAAGGAAGGAGUGGGCGGAUUGUAUUUGGAUAUUUUUACACAACCCUCAAUCAAAAGUGAACGCAACGGAUAGUUAAAUCAAGCAGAAUUUUCCAGUAAACAAUUUCUGACCGUUAACGGACUUUGGCACGAUUCCAAAAAAAGCAGAAGACAGGUGUGCGCUUGUGAUGUUUUGCACACAGCUCUGAUCAUUUUAUCACGUGGUAGUCAAUAAUUAGCAGUUUACACCACUUGUUGCUAUAACGAUUGAUGCCUGGUUGUUCCAGUUUGUGAUAAAGUUUGUGCACUGUGUGGCUUUUUGGUUGAAGGUUUCUAUGGAUAUACCGCUCCUUUGCCUGGAAUGUUCCACAGUAUGACAUUAAACAACUCUACUUUACAUUCAUUAAAUUACAGCUGGUUUUAGUGCUCAAAAAUAUCUGGAAAAACACGUUCUGACUGUGAGCAAGGUUGUCUAUCCACACAUCUGACCUCUAACUUGCUUUGGUUUAGGCUACGUUCAGACUGCAGCCUGAAGUGACCUAAAUCAAAUUUUUUGGCCCCUUUGUGACCUGUAUCUGAUCUUUUAAUGACAGUCUGAACGACACAGAUCUGAUUUUUUCAAAUGCGACCCAGGACACUUGGAUAUGUGGUCCUGAAACCGAUACAUAUCGAUACAUACCGAUACUUUUGACAUGCGACUUCAGUCUGAACGGCCAAAGCGCAUUCAUCAGACCUACACGUUAUCAACAAGCCACAGAAGUCACUAUUCUGUGCUGAAGUAGGUGAAAAUUGUUAAUGAACUCCAUGUCACUGAAGUGAAGCACAUCACCACUCACCACUCUUGGCUACGUCUCCACAUCCACACGUUCACGUCGCUGCCACUGCCCCACAAAACACCACGGCCAAAAACCUCGUCCUUCUCCUUCUCAAUCUCCUCCUUAAGUAGUAAGUUCUGCAUGUUCUGGCUCCGGUACGAGAGGAACUUCUAAAAUCUCCAGGUGCUCAAUGCUCGCAUCCAUGUUUGGACAACUUCUGUAAACACAGAGCACGCGCACUGCGGUUGACGUCGUCGUGUCUCCAGUGCACAUGCGAGACACUUUCGGGCCGUUUAAUGUUCACACUGGAGAUCACAUACAAGUCGCAUUUAAUUGGAAAUGUGAACGACUUCGCAAAAACAUCGGAUUUCACAAAAAAAAUCAGAAUUGAGCAUUAAGCCCUGCAGUCUGAACGUAGCUUUAGUCUCCAUGAAGACAGAAACAUUAAAUACUGUGAAACAUUCCAGACAAGGCAAAAACAUCUCCACAGAGAAAAUAACUUGGCAAACCCUCCAGAAAAGUUACACAAUGCCCCUUUAAAAGCUGUAAUUGUGUAGUCAGUCUGGCGCCACCUAGUGCCUCCGCUCAGUUUCAUUUCUCUCUAGCUACUAGGUCAGGAAUCAGAGUACACUAGACGGUUCGCAAAAACCCCAGAAGUGCGAGUUCGGGCACCAGCCAAUCAGAGAAGAGCCAUACAUUCUGUUUGGGGGAUUUAAAGCCGGAACAAAGAGAAUGUUUGGUGAAUUUUAUCAAGGGGAAAGACAUUAUUGUCCUUCUUCCUUCAGGUUUUGGUGCAUUACAUACGUCACGACCAAAUAGCAGCGACUGGUUAAAUUUUUAAAAAGUACCCACCUACCGUCGAGCGAACGAAUCCUAAUGCUGUGAGGUCAGACGAAUCAGGCUUGUAAUUGUGGUGUACAAAAACAAGAUUCCUGCUAACAUUUUCGUCAAACGCUACAGACUCCUUUCGACUUAUUAAUACGGAUGUGUAGCGAAGUUUAUUUUUAACAUUUGGGGUUUAUUUUUCUACUUAUGUAUAGAAAUCGCAGUCUUAAAUUUUGAUGUAAUGGGCCAAAUUUACGAUGUUUUCUUAUGAUUGUUGAGAUUGUGUAGACAGCUGCUGCCAUUCUUUAAUAUACUUUGUACAUACCAUAGAAAACCUUAUACAUUUUUAUGACCGUUUAUAAAGCUUACAAUGUGAAUGAAUAAUACAGUCUACUAUGUUAUCUGCUAUUUGACCUUGCGGUACCGGCGCACGAGGCAGUGAGGAAUGCCAUGGCUUUUGUAACACUAAAUAGCACAUUUGUGGCCAAACUAUUUGAAAAGAAUUGUGUUUAACCAAGUGGGUAUGUUGGACUUUGAUCGAAUCUGGAAAAAUGGAAAAAUGUGUAAAAUUUCAUGGUACUUGGUGGGAAUUCUGGGAAAAGAUGACCAAAAUGAACUAUAAAAUGAACUGAAGUGUCCCAAUGACUGGACUGCAACUGAAGCUACGUUUUUUAUUUUCAUUUUUUUCAUUUUGGCUGUAGCGCUAUGCCAAGUACUUCCUUUUCUAUCUUCUGGUUUUACAGUAUAUUAAUAUAUUCACCUUCACUUUCCUCCUUUUGAAAUAACAGCUCUAUUUUUCCAUAAAUAAAAGCUGGUAAUCUUUAA